GAUGACCAGAGACUGCGGACACAGUACAGGAGAUGACCAGAGACUGCGGACACAGUACAGGAGAUGACCAGAGACUGCGGACAUAGUACAGGGAUGACCAGAGACUGCAGACACAGUACAGGAGAUGACCAGAGACUGCGGACAUAGUACAGGAGAUGACCAGAGACUGCGGACACAGUACAGGAGAUGACCAGAGACUGCGGACAGUACAGGGGAUGACCAGAGACUGCGGACACAGUACAGGAGAUGACCAGAGACUGCGGACAGUACAGGAGAUGACCAGAGACUGCGGACAGCACAGGAGAUGGCCAGAGACUGCGGAC